GGAAGGUCCAACGGAAGACCGAGGCUCAUAAGACCAUGUAUGCAUAGACGCAGUCCCCUGGCCAUUAGAUUAUCCAAUGAUCGACUCGUUGCAAACCUUGACUGAUAUAUAUUUGGCCGUAGGAACGAACUCUCGUUGGACGAAUGCAUACAAGUCUCCAGUGUAUCAUCGGGUCUUGCGUUGCCGCGCAUUCCUCGAAUCCAUGAACAUGACUGCAUACCGAAUUAUCAAUGACUCUUGAGUCUCAACCCCAACUCCUUUUGACCCUCCUCCUAUGCUUGAAGUAGAGUGUUGAAUGCAGAUGGAAAUGCUUUCAGGUCCAGGAUAUGAGCAGGGCCUUGCUCCCAAGGCUCGACCUCCCGCCUUGAACGAGCCCUGCCAGAUCAACCUUUGGCACGCCCACUUUGCUGCCAUUUUAGCUGCGCAAAACCGGUACUGCCCUCCCGCUUUUGGUCGAGAUGCGCCAGCGCCAGACGCCCCCGAGCGAGUGGUCCGUUGGUGUAUUCACUGCAAGCAAUCGAUAUUCUUGAUCUUGCACACCGGCCGUCGCGUCCCUAGGAUCUCCUCUUGUUCAUUCGAUGUAGCCGUCAUAUUACGUACCGAUAGGCAAUACCCAAGGGACUUCUUCUGGCAUAGACUCAAGGAGACCUGGAAGUGGGUGUGGAGUGUGGGUGUGGCUAGGGUUGAUGAGGGGUGCUGGACUCUCCGUCUUGCUCCUCUUCCUGAUGCCUCCACCAAGCCCAUGGCUCGACGCCCCGACAGCCUGGGAACACGCAAAGCAUCCAUGAGUGCCUUGCCGGUCAGUCCCCUUCUUCUGGCAUUCCACCGUGCCUCUGGCCGUUCGUCCCGCUGCAAAUUGGCUGUGUUCCACGGGUCCUUGACUCCUUUCUGCGAAUUCUGCUAG